GUACAGGCUGUUUAGCCACAAUAGUGUGUGGCUCCAAAUGGCCACCUUCAGGUCCAUGUCCAAAAUUUAAAAAGACUACCACUCUAAAGGGCACAAUGCCUAUUGUGGCAUAUCACAAUGAAAUGAAUGAUAAACACGAUCAUGUAUAUUGUGAUAAAACAAGUGUCUAUCCGCCACCACCUGUAGUACAAGUACCUGGAACUAAUUAUAGUAUGUCGCGCUUCAUUGUGGACUCUGAUAAUGCCAAGUUUGUCAUUCUUUGGAGCUGUAUGGACUUUAAAACGCAGCACACUGGAACUGUUGAAACGUUUGCAAAAAGUAAAUUAACUGCUGCGGAGAUCGAGAAGGUAAAGGCAAUACAUAAACAAAAUGGAUUCAAGCACACUGUUUUUUUCUGUCCUUAGAUACUUUUUUAUCAUUAUGCGUGUGAAAAAAUAUUGAGUUUCAAAAAUUUUGUGCAAUAAAAAAGGCGAAGAUAUUUAAAUGUU